UUAAGCAGGCGAGGGGGGAAAAAAGAAGAAGACAAAAGCCGCUUUCGCAAUUUUUACGCACCAAUCGUGUAGAAACCAAUAACGGAAUACAAAGGGAACAGACAGAUUCAGUCAAUACUUCAAUACUGUUAUGAAGCGAGAAUGAGUAGCGCAGAAGACAGCGGGAGCAAGUGCUCGUCGGGCCCGAUUUCCAGCUUUACCAUCCAGUCUAUUUUAGGCACGCCGUCCGAUGCGCCGCGCUCCGGGACCAAAGAGCUCUCCAAGGGGCCGCCGCCGCCGCCGCCGCGGAGGCGCUCGCUCUCGGUGUCCUCCGAGGAGGAGUGCAGCGGCGGGGAGGACUCAGCAGACUGCUUCUGCUCCGACACGGGUCACAGCGAGCCAUGCACCCAGCACCAAGCCCAUAACUUCUCAUGUUUAGGUCCCGCUAAAGGACUCCUGUCUGGAAACGACGGGCUCGCGCGGCGGCCGCACCUGCCACAACCUCUGCUGCAGGAUUAUAAGGAGGAGCGCGAGAGACCGUGCCAUCAAAUGUCACCUAGUCUGUCGGAGGAGAGACAGACGGACGGUGCGGACAAGCAGGGCAACUCGGCCAAGAAGAAGACGCGCACGACGCGCACGGUUUUCUCCCGGAGUCAGGUGUACCAGCUGGAGUCCACCUUCGACAUGAAGCGGUACCUGAGCAGCUCGGAGCGGGCCUGCUUAGCCUCCAGCCUGCAGCUGACGGAGACUCAGGUCAAGACGUGGUUUCAGAACAGGAGGAACAAAUGGAAACGGCAGCUAUCAGCUGAACUGGAGGCGGCCAACAUGGCCCACGCCUCCGCACAGACACUAGUGGGAAUGCCGCUGGUUUUCAGAGAUAACUCCUUACUGCGCGUUCCAGUUCCCCGGUCUAUCGCCUUUCCGACUCCCCUCUAUUACCCGGGGAGCAACCUGCCAGCGUUACCUUUAUACAACCUGUAUAACAAGAUUGAGUACUGAUUGACUCUACUGUAUGUUCACCAUUGCAGUCCACGUAAAGAAAACGCAUUACAAAACAAUACAACAUUGUCAUAAGUGUCUCCACAUAACCGCUGUAUAUUAAUUGUAUCACUUUAUUUGUUGAGGAAAUUCUUAUUAUGCAGCAACUGUACGUCUCACACGAAAGCAAUCAAGCUUCCCUAAAUGUAUAAAAUACACCAUGUGUAUAAUUAAUUCUAAUAAUUUUUGUACUUUUAUUUUAUUUUCCCUCUCCUCCCUUAACUGAUAAAAAUAAUGGAGUUUAGCAUUCAGAUCAUUCAAGAAAAAUGGAUUCCACAGGAAAUGCUUUUACACUGUUUUUAUUGAUAAUUGGUUUGUCAGAUAUAUUGCAAAGCAUCAGUCAUU